CUGAUUGGAACAUCUGUCCAAAAAUGGUUCUGUAUUUACAAAGAUAUGACGAAUUAAAAAUUAAAAAUUAUGCUUCCUAUGUAACAAGACGGCACGAAUCAUCAUUCUCCACAUAAGUCUCGCUAGGGAAGACACUCAGUUUGGGAGAUUGUGUAAUCGUAUGUUGUUGAUUGUUGUGUUUCUAUAUAACGUUUGACAUUAUCAUACAUGUAUGUGCGAUAAAUUAGUGUAACAAAAUAUCUGCACAGGGUGUGACAAUGACGGAUUAGUAUAGACGUCAUUGGGAUGUGACGAUCAUCGAACUGUAUUAUAUACGAUUCAUGGUAUGAUAUAUUCUGGUAUGCAGUCACGUGACUCACUCCAUCGCAAAUUAAUCAAAAUGGACGCACGACAAAUAGAACGGAGUCGAGUCAGUCCGAGCUUUCUACAUUCCAACAGUACAAAUCACAUCUGGGUGUUUAGUGCAAUAGCAGAAUUAAUAGAUAAUGCGUAUGAUCCCGAUGUCAAUGCUAAAGGUUUAUGGAUUGAUAAAGAAGAGUUAGGCCUAUCAAAGAAAACUUGUUUAACUAUUACUGAUAAUGGAUCAGGUUUAGCUCCUGAUAAAUUACUAAAGAUGCUAAGUUUUGGCUUUUGUGAAAAGCAUGUCUAUGAAGGAAAAUCACAACACCAACCGAUUGGCCAUUAUGGAAAUGGCUUUAAAUCGGGCUCUAUGAGGAUUGCUAAGGAUGUUUUAGUUUUUACUCGGCAUUUAAAAGAAAUGAGUGUUGGAAUGUUGUCACAGAAUUAUUUGAGUCAAAUAAAAGCCGAAACUGUAGUCGUUCCUAUGGUAACAUGGAAUAUACUAAACAAGAAGAGGUCCAAUUCAACAGAAACUGUCAGUAAUCUUCGAGAGAUUACAAAAUAUUCGCUAUUCAAUUCAGAAGAGCGUCUGUUAAAAGAAUUUGAAUUAUUAGCAGAACAUAAAACAGGAACGAGACUUAUACUUUACAAUCUUGUAGUUAAUAAUAUAGGCCAGUUGGAGCUUGAUUUUGAAAGUGAUCCGACAGAUAUACUAAAUCCACAGACAUUAGAAAUUGAUACGACCUCAGUGUACCGGCCGAUACAAGAAGCUAAAUCUAAAUAUGAAACAUCAUUAAAGGAAUAUUGCAGUAUUUUGUUUUUGAAACCACGGAUGAAGAUAUUUUUAAGAGGAAAUAAGGUGAAAACAAAAUUGAUGACUAGAAGUUUGUCACAGACACUAUACGACACAUAUAAUCCUCAAUGGCUGGUAUCCUUUUAA